AUGUUGGAAAAGUUGUUCGUGUUCCAACUUUUUGUAAGCGUCUUCGGUAAGCAUAGGUGCUGUGGCCUUGUCGAGUUUGCUUCUUCUAACGAAGCGAAGAAGGCGCUGCGAAAGAAGAAUGGUAAAUAUUUGUGCGACCGGAAGAUUUUUCUUGAAGUGGCUAAGAUGGUUCCAAGCAAGUAUUUCAUAGAUCACAAGAGCACAUUGGUUAAAGUUUUUGGUAUACAUGGAGAGAUCCCAAGGGUUUUUCACAUUCCAGGUACGAAGACUAUCUUCAACAAGGCAAAUGUAUAUGAUGCUGCCAAUCUUACAGGAUGGGCUGUUCGGGGACAUCAAGGACGACAACACCAGUCUUUAUUGUGUCGCAUUCGGACGGAACCAUUGCCAAGACCGAAACAGGGGAAGGAUGUAGUUAUGUGGAGACAUUCUGAUGAUGACUACAAGGAUCACUUCUCGGCAAAAAAAAAACAUGGGAGCAAAUACGAUCAAAGAAAGCAAAAGUCCCAUGGUGUCAAAUUGUUUGGUUCACACAUGGGGUUCCAAGCAAUCAAGAACCGAUUGGCAACGGGAGAUCGAAUGAGAAAGUGGGGAUUCCAGCAAGAUUGUGUGUUUUGUGGUGAAAAAGAUGAAACAAGAGAUCAUAUAUUAUUUGCUUGUCCCUACACUUAUACGGUUUGGGAGAGACUUAUUGGCAGGUUACUAGGCCCUAAUACAACACCAGAUUGA